AUGUGUAUCAACACCAGCUUAGUGUGCAACGGGAUCCAGAACUGUGUCUACCCCUGGGACGAGAACAACUGCAAAGAGAAGAGGAAAGCCAGCAUCUUAGACAAUAUUGACCACACCAAUGUCACAAUCAUUCUAGUCACCUGUGGUCUGGUGGUUGUCCUUCUCAUUGUGGCAAGUAUCAUUCAAGUUAAACAGCCACGCAAAAAAUACAUAAUCAGGAGGGAUGACUUUGACCCCACAUUGCUCCACGAGGCCUUUGAGCCGCCACAUUAUGAACUGUGCACUCUGCGGAGGGCAGCCUCUGCCGACCACAUGAGCGAAAUGGCUAUGGCCGAGGACUUUGAUAAGUUUCACAAACUCAGACGGUCUUCGUCCAAAUGCAUUCGUGACCACCACUGCGGCGGAGCCCACUCCCAGGUAUCCAGCAUCAGGGGAAGCCAAAGUAACCUGAGUGUGCGGGACGCAGCCAUUAUGUCAGACAUGCCUCUCUCCCAGUCCCACCAGGCCACACCCUCCAGCCACAGGAAUAUACUGAUGAUGAAGUACAGUUACUCACAGGACGGGCAGGAUGGUUGUGACCAGGAUGACGACAUGGAUGACUGUCAGACCCCCAGCCAGAGCCACCAUGUCCUGGCUGCACAUCAGUCAAUGUCCAAUGAUUUCUGA